AUGGUCAACACGUACAUCCUUCCCAUCGAUGCAAGCAGCGGAUCUCAACUCUUUGAUCACUGGUGGCAAUGGGUUCUCAUCGGUGCUGCCCUCACGUCCAUUACUAUUGGCUCCACUUACAUCGCUUUUACUCUUCUCAAAAAGUGUUACCAGCAUUUUUCAAUCGGGAACCAAGCAUCUGAUGUUCUCCCCGCUGAGGUUGCGAGUCAUCUACAAAAGUACACAGCUUCGCGGUCACAACUGACGCUUGAGAAAUCCGACAAGCUGAAACCAAAGUCCCUUGGGAUUUAUUUGGGACACUUUGAUGAAAAAAUUUCGGCAGACCAAGAAAAAAUUCUCUCCGAUAAAGAUGCAAUAAUAAUCGAUCCUCUUGGGCGCAAUGUUGUUGCCGCAUUAGCGCAGCGCCCGCAUAACCAGCAGCAGCACAAAUCGCAAUCUGUCAUUGGCAGACUCGAUAUUGGCGAAAUAUUACAUAUGCCAAUCGCAACCAAGCAGUCAGGAGACCUGCUUAUCUCGGGGAUUGAUCAAUUGAUGACUCUCAUUGCUACACGAUUUCAGGACUACGAAGGGCGCAGCACUGGUUUUACUGGUGUCCUUCUGGCAGGCUGGGAGGCGAUAUCGAACAAGGUCUUACAUGCGCUGAUUGAUGCACUUUCCGUCUUCGAUCUUGAAGUCUACUUGGAGACCUCGGCUCCCAACUUUCUACAUGAUUCAAACGUUUUGGAUUGUGACGCAAUCUCUGGGCUCGUGAUCCGUAACUGCCUUAUCUUGGAAAAUGGAGAGAGGCGCGAUUGUUUUGGGUUGGAAUCUUUGCGUACCACACUCAAGGCAUUUGUUUCGCAAGCCUGCCUGAGAGACUUUACAGUCUUGAUCUGGGAUACAUUGGGAGAUGGCGUAGUACCUUCCAGCGCAGUUCUGAAGAGAACGUUUACAUGGUGUAGCUUUUACAAUGCUGUUCCUUGGAUCGGCCCGCAUAGCGCCCUUGUUGAUGCGUCUAUUGAAGUUGUUCCAUUUGAACCUCUGAGUGCAUUUGAUUGGCUGAAAGAACCUCGCGUAAUGGAGCUGCACGAUCAAUGGAAAAGCAAGCGAGCUGUGCAAUAUUCCGAUCAAUAUCAUUGCAUCAAUGAGCAGCUUGAAAACUUGCUGCCUACUUUGAAGGACGUUGAGAUGGGUAGCCUGUGCACACGCCAUGACUUAACAGCAGCUCCAGAGGCAACUGCCUCCGAUUUGGGAGAUUCCGAGUGGUUUAUUCUGCGAGAUGCGGAGUUGAGAGAUCCGCUUUGUGUACCGACAAGGGGUUGUAGCAGCCUUGAUGGGCUGGGGUGUUGCCCUUUGGGAGUAGAUGUCACGGAGGACGAUUUUAGAGAUAUCAUUUUCUCCCAGAGAAAUCUCAGGAAGCUAGAACUUCUGGACGCAGUCGGUCCUCCCGAACUCCGAAAAUAUGGAGAGAAAUUGGGAAGGUUCAUCGCCGAAACCGACUUUUGGACGGAGUCUACGAAUCUUGGUGCAUCUUGCUCGUCUAAAAGUAUCGAGACUUUGGCAAUGGAGUUAUCCCAGACUCUCGAUGAUAGCUGUGGUAACGUUCAAGUCUUCCUGGGGCUGCAUUCCGGCUUCCAAAAGAAGGGAAGGAAGCAAUUCUGGGCAGUAUAUCACCAGUCACAAAACACCACCGAUAUAUAUAUCUCCAAAAGUUCGCAUGAUAUAUUGAGCGUCCUGCUCCAUGCUUUCUUGUCAAGCGAAGGCUUAACACGGGAUCAAUGUCUUGCUGCUGAGAUUUCGUUUGGUCAAUGGCAAGACACUCUCGUUUCGCCUCAUGAUCUGCCUCCACGGAUGAUUCAGGACAUUUCGUUGCUCACUCCAGAUGAAAAUAUCCUACUACUGCAACGUCUUUCCCUUGCCCCGAAAUCAAAUAACGAAGAAAUUCCAAGGCGUGUAACGUCUGCGGCAACCGAGGCAUUGAUUGAUGUCCCAAGUCUGAGUCAGCUCAGGGCGCUGAAUACAAUUGGAUACAUCAGUGGAGAUAUAAACGCAGAGGAGUUGGUGAAAACAAGAUUACAGUGGCACUGUAAGUCCGAACGUUCGCAUCCAGAUCUGCCAGCCGCAAUGUCUUUGUUCCAAGAAGUCGAAGGGACGGUCUUGAGGGCCCUCAAAACUCGAAACCGUAACAAUCUGAACGCCAUCGUUGAAGCUCUUGAAUUGUCACUUCAACAUUCAAAUCCAGACGCUAUCGGCGACAUAUUCGCUCUUUCGGCUUUUUGUACCAUGCGAAGAGCAGCAUUCGAAGAGGUGUACAUCGAAGUCACAGACAGAAAUCCGCUUUUCAACGAUCAGCCCGAUCAAGCUGCUGCUUUUGCCGAACUCUUUGCACUGGGAUCGCGAUGUGAGGCAUACUUUGAUAUCACUCCGAGUCAGUUUGGACAACUUCUUUUCAAGAAAUUCCGCAAUUACUAUGGCGAAUCUAGAUAUCAGCCUCCUACAAUUAUGGACACUUCAGAAGCUCUCGAUUCAGCCUACUCGGAAGCACGAAUGGACGUUGACCAGAAUCAGAAGGCAAUGGGAAUGCCUACGUACCAACGAUUCACGUUCUUGAGUGUCUUCGCCAUCCCGGCUCUCAUUGAUAUCCUAAUGCUUACUACUACUGGUCACGGCCUUUACCUGAGUGGAAAGAUGUCCUAUCAAGAACAGCAUAGCGCAACGGUUGCGUUGAUGGUAUCUCUGCUACUAUCUGGUGCAAUUGGAACGUGGAUUACAUGCGGUGGAACUUACUACUUGGCGUCAAUGGCCUUCUCUGCUAUGAACUAUUUUGUAGUCACACGCUUGCUGGGUGGAUUUGCGUUCACACUUAUUGCAGGCUUAAUCGGGUUCAUUGCAUUCUUUUGCACUAGCGGGUCUCAUGCAGCCAUUGUCUUCUUUCUGUAUCUUGUUGCUUUAACGACGUAUCUUUGCUUAUUGGCCGCACUCGCCAACUACCAGUUUACGGGGUCCGGAUUUCAAUCGGGUCGCGUUAUCAUUAUUGCCUGUAUCCCGAUACUCUUUAUCUCGCCACUGGUCUCGAUCUUCAUCUCACAUAGCGAUGUCACCAUCUAUCUAACCGUGAUUUACGUGUUCAUAUUUAUGCUAUUUCUCGGAGUUCGACGCACUGGCUCACGUUGGACAACGUGGUACCAGAAAAUCGCCUUGAUCGAUGACGCUGCUCUCAGGAGUUGGCAUAUGAAUACUAUCUCGCCUCGUGAGAGAGAAGACAUCCAGAAGAUGACAGAUCCAAGUGUCUUGAAAUUGGCCCGUGGAUCUUUACAACAAAUUGUUCUCCUAGAACUACGGAAGUCGGCUUUUGCUAAGGGAAACACCGAUCCCAUGGUAUCAAAACUCGUAAAAUCAUAUGAAUCAACAAUCUUCCUCAUGGUAAUGUGCACCGUCCUCUUAUCUGACAAGUUCCUGACAAAAUUAGGACUGGUAUUGCCGAUUUACUGGUGUUCCGAAGCCUAUAAUGUUCAGUUCGUCAUGGAAUAA